UAGAGCCGUCGCGCAGUCUAGGAGAGGGGAGGGAUCAGAGCAAUACUCCGUUUUUGCUGGAAAUCUGUGUUUUCCUGCGGGCCAAGGCCGAGCUGCUGCUUGUUUGUUUGUUUUUUGGAGACAUGGCGUUGACUCCGCUAAGCGAGGGUUCUGUGGCUGAGGGGGCUGGUGGACUGGCCGAGGAAGUGGAGGGUAAAACAGCAGCAGCACCCGCGCUGGAAACGCCUGGUUGCUCCGGGGCGGGUGCUCGUUACGAGCAGGGAAGCCGCUCUGAAUCUAGCUGUGAAGGUAAUGAAGAGAUGGAGGAUGAGGAAGAGAUGAUGGAGGAAGAGGCUGCAGAGGAAGGAGCCGCAGAGCUCUUCGGGGGAUUUGGGACGGAGGAGGGCGAAAUGGAUUCCGACGACGGGGACGAGCGCAUGAUUAAUCUUUCUGAGCUGGUGCCGUAUAUCAUGUGUUCCAUCUGCAAGGGAUACUUCAUAGAUGCCACAACCAUCACAGAAUGUCUUCAUACAUUCUGUAAAAGCUGCAUAGUAAGACAUUUUUACUACAGUAACAGAUGUCCAAAAUGCAACAUUGUAGUACAUCAGACACAACCACUUUAUAAUAUCAGGCUGGAUCGACAAUUACAAGACAUAGUAUAUAAAUUAGUUGUCAACUUGGAAGAAAGAGAAAAAAAGCGAAUGCAUGAUUUCUAUAGAGAGAGAGGUCUAGAAAUACCCAAACUUGCUGUACCCCAGCCGAUUGCAGUAGGCAGGGGGAGACCCCGCAAGAUGUUAGGAUCCGUAUUCCGUAUUCCUCCAGAACUUGACAUGUCACUUCUUCUGGAAUUUAUUGGAGCAAAUGAUCUCUCUGGGAAUUUUAAGCCACUGGAAAAGAAGUUUGUACGUGUUUCAGGAGAGGCAACAAUUGGACAUGUGGAAAAAUUCCUCAGAAGAAAGAUGGAUCUUGAUCCUGGCUGUCAGGUUGACAUAAUAUGUGGUGAUCACCUGCUAGAACACUAUCAGACUCUAAGGGAAAUCCAACAUGCUCUAGGGAAGAGUGCAGUGCAGGAUGGGUUACUUGUACUUCACUAUGGACUGAUUCUUAGUGGAGAUUCCACAUUUUCAAGAAUCUCUUAAAUUUUCAGAAGAUGCUUGAAGAAGCAAAACCUCAUUUGAGAAUUGCAGCAAAAAAGCCAUUUUAUUUAAAUGAAUUUAAACAAAUGCACCGUGUUUGCUCUGCAUAAUAAUUAAGGAACUGAUUUAAAGCAUUGAGAAAAAAGAAACACUGUGCCAGUAAGUAAGCUAUAAAUACUUCAGUGCUCUUAUAUCGUCAGCACCUAGCUCAGGGAAGAACAAGCUUAUCAACAUAACAGAAUUCAUUUUAAAUACGUGUCUUGCUGCAUUCAUGACUACUUGAUGGGUAGUCUUGUAUUUGAGACUACAAUUUAUCUGAAAGUCUAUAAGUAUAUUUGCAAUGCUUUUCUCAGGGAUGAUCUCUUGGACUACAAUGUCUUAUUGGGAAAAAUGUGUAUUAUUCAUGGGGACAUUUGAAUUAUAUUUUAGUUGUCAGUUUAGAAAUAAAAAGACUUAGAUUUUUCUCUAUAGAUAAAAUGGGGACCAAUCACCCUUUAAAAAUUGCAAGCAUUUAUAUCUCAUGUCUUAUGUGAAAAAAAAAUUAAAACACAUGAUCUAUCAAAUACAAAAACUAAAAAAAGAAAUGUUACCUAUAGAUCAUCACUGGAUGAAUAGCAAUGUAAAUGUAAAACUAGAUGAGAUGAUAAAUUGGGCUGCAUUGGAACAGGUGUUCCACUGUUGUUUAUACCUCCAAUCUUAGUGAGAAAAUAAAUGGGCCAUGUCCUUUCCAAGUGUUUCAAACAGUGGCCUGUGUUUUCCAGGUAAUAAAAGUGCACUUGAAUAAUAAAGUAGGAGCUGGCUGAAUGGUAGCAAUGAAGUAACAGAGCCAGAACAGUGGUCUUACUGAAAAAUACAGAUUUCAUUAGCUUACUGCGAAAAAUAUUAAAACAAUAUAAAAAAUGAAAUACAUCUGAUGUGAGAAAAAAGCCAUAGAAGCACUCAGUCAAUUGCACAAAAAGGGUAUGAUAGGAAUAUUGAAAAGCGCAGAGAAAUUGUUAACAAUUAUUUUGACUGGGCUUUGCAUGGGAUUACAAUGCCUCUGACUUAAAAAAAAAUAUUGAAGGCUAAUUCUAAUUGUAGCAACACAAACUAAAACAUUUGGGACACAUGGAACCAAAUCUUUGGUUCCAGCAUACAACCACAAAUUCAUGAAGAGUGAAAUAUUACAGUAUUUGUUCUGUUUUUUAGUUUGAUAGAGUAAAUAAAUUAGCUAAUGUUACUUCAGCUUGUCACAAGUAAAUUAUUGAAAUUGGAAUUAACACAGAAGAACAAGCUUUUCUGAGAGAAAAAGUAGCAUAACUUUUGUAGAGGGAGAUCCUGCAUUGCCAAAGGGAACUUUUUCUGGAGUAUCAACUAGGGAUGCUCCACUCCAUAUACUUGAACAUCUAAGUAGGCACAGAAUCAGGAAGUAUAUUUAAGUCUUAAACAUGCUACCAGACUUUAUAUCUACUUCAUUGUAUAGACUAAUAUGACUCCUCCCACUGUCAUGGACCCAUGAGAGCACUGUCACAAAUGAAGCAUAAUGUUCAUAGAAAUAUGGAGUGGGUUUUUCUGAUAGUCUAUAUUUAUACUUAUUACUGAAAUGUAGUGUACUCAUAAAUGUUCAGGCCUUUGUUGAGCAGUAGUUCUGGUUAUCAUCUAAUUCAGUUUGAGUCUCUGUACAUAUAUUCAUUUGGAGUAUUAUAGAAUUGAAAUUUAUACAGAACAUGUUAACUAUAAAAAUCAAGAGUAGGUACACCAGUUCUGAACAGAAAAACUAAAGUGUUGUAGGGGCAUUUAGUUUAAAGAAAACAAGUGAGGCAUUUCAGAGGGAAGUGGUAUAAAGAAAAUGGAGAUUUUUUUUAAAAAAAAUAUCUUGCCUUUAUUAUUUUUUAUAAAUAACUCAAGGCAGGGAACAUACCUUAUACUCCUUUCUCCUCCUAUUUUCCCCACAACAACAACCCUGUGAGGUGAGUAGGGCUGAGAGAGAGUGACUGGUCCAAAGUCACCCAGCUGGCUUUCAUGCCUAAGGUGGGACUAGAACUCUCGGUCUCCUGGUUUCUAGCCUGGUGCUUUAACAAUUAGCUUCAUGACCAUGCAGUUAGGUAUAGCUAAUUAGGAAUAGCUUCAGGUAACAAGAGGCUUGCCUUCAUAUUACACAUGGUAAACUAUAAGAAUUCACUGCUUAAGAUGUGUUUGCCACUGGUUUAGAUGGCUUUCUGUUAUCAUUUCUACAUCUCCAGAAUCAGAGAUGGUAUGUUGCUGACUACUGCAAGGAAGCAUUGUUUUCAAAAUCUGUAUUUGGGCUUUAUAGAGAGGUCUCUAUUCCUUCAGGGCUCUUCCUUUCUUUAUACUUGGAGCACUUUCAGUUACCAAUCUAAGUCAAAACUUUUUUCACAUUCUACAUUAAUAGAUGAUAUAGGAUGCGAUACAUGAGAACAACUGUGAUCAAGGUGUGUUUGCUUGUGCGCAGUUUAGAUUAUCAAGAGAGGAGUUUUCAGAAUUCGUAAGUAUAUCGCACAGUAUCUUGGAAGGCUCCGUUAUUUCUCUUUUGGAGAGAAAUCUGCAUUUCCAAUUGAUAGUUGAAUAAUCAGCCAAAUCAUGGGAAUGCCCUAUUUCAUUAAAAAUGAAGACCUACAGUAGAAUCUGGAAAAAAAAAUUGUAUUCCAAUUAAUUAAUUUGAUUGCAAAGCAUGAAGAAGUUCAUCAGAUCUGUAACUCAUAUUAUGUUCACCGUAUGGAGAAGCUGAUUUGUGUUCUCUCUUGUUUCUUUUUCCUCCACCUAUGUGCUAUACUUGCAGGAAAAAAAAUUCUCCCCAAGGCAUCACUCCAAAUGAUGCCUUAUAAGUAAAUUGACAAUAUUUCAUUGUCUCUGUUAGAUACAUCUUGGUCACUCAGCUUCAUUGCUUCUUAUUUUCUUGUCUUAUUUCAAGUUAUCAAAUAUAGAGUUUUUCUUCUGUACACAUUCACCUCAUUACCAAUAAAAUCAUCCCAUUUUAUUGU